GAAAACUGAUUAGUUAAUUUAUUUUUCAAUAUUUUAAGAUAUCUCCAAAUGCUCCAAGCAACAAUACAAAUUUUUAAAUCUGCCAUGAUUUCCCGCCGCGCAUUGUUUAAAAUCAACAACCUGUUGCUUUAUCACGUUCAUCAGGUAAGUGAAAGAAUGCAGAUAAUUCUAGUAAUUGAAUAAGUUUUUUUAUUAAACGAUUAAUGGGAGACAACUUUUUCUUUCUUCUUUCAAGCUUGUGUUAACGUUUUAGAUAUUGUUGACCUCUUUCUUCAUUAAUUUGACCGGUCGCUUGUUUGCGUAUUAAGGUUAUCGCAUGGAUUCUUAUAGACGUGUUUUUACAAUUGAUUAAUACAAUCAAAGUUAGUAUUGAGAUAUAAAACGAAUUUUGGUAGUAAAUAAUUUAUAAUCACUGUUUAUAAAGCAAGUUAAACGUUUGUCGAUAUUUAUUUGAGGUUAGUAUACCAUAACCUUUAGUUUGUACAUUACUUUUUAAUUACUAAAGUCUCUCUUAUUUUAUUUUAAUUCGUAUAAUUUAUUAGGGAAUAAUUUACUAGAAGUAAUUUAUAUCGUUGACAAUGAAAAGUGUUAAAAUAUUUUUUCAACCACAGGUCCAAAAAGUGUUAUUUACCCAAUUAGUUCCAAGAAGUUUUAGUACAACUACUAACAGAAUGGCUAAUGCUGAUAUCUCCAAGACUUUGAACGCUAACCUUUGGGACUCAGAUCCUGAGUUGUGGGAUAUCAUCAAGAAAGAGAAAAGGAGGCAAAUUACAGGAAUAGAGUUGAUUGCAUCAGAAAAUUUUACCACAUUACCAGUAUUACAAUGCCUAAGUACUUGUCUACAUAAUAAGUAUUCAGAGGGAUUGCCUGGAGAGAGAUAUUAUGGUGGAAAUGAAUACAUUGAUCAGAUUGAAAGAUUAGCUCAAAAAAGAUCUUUAGAAGCUUUCAACUUAGAUCCUGAACAGUGGGGAGUAAAUGUCCAACCUUACUCUGGAUCACCUACCAAUUUUGCAGUCUACACAGCCGUUGCUGAACCACACGGCAGAAUAAUGGGUUUGGAUUUGCCAGAUGGUGGUCACUUAACACAUGGUUUUUUCACUCAAUCUAAGAAAGUUUCAGCUACUUCCUUGUUCUUCGAAUCCCUGCCAUACAAGGCGGACCCAGCAACCGGUCUUAUAGACUACGACAAACUCCAAGAAUCCGCAAGACUGUUUAAACCAAAGAUAAUAAUAGCUGGUACAAGUUGCUAUUCGAGACCAUUAGACUAUAAACGCUUCAGAGAAAUCUGUGAUGAAGUUGGCGCAUAUCUAAUGUCAGAUAUGGCGCAUAUUUCUGGUUUAGUCGCAGCAGGUGUAACUCCAAGUCCUUUUGAAUACAGUGAUAUAGUCACCACGACAACACACAAGAGUCUUCGAGGACCUAGGGCUGGUGUUAUAUUUUUCCGUAAAGGAGUACGGAAAGUCACUCCCAAAGGAGAGAAGAUACUAUACGACUUGGAGAACAAAAUUAAUCAAGCAGUAUUUCCAGGAUUACAAGGUGGUCCACACAACAACAGUAUUGCAGGCAUCGCAACAUCUAUGAAAAUGUCGAAAACUCCAGAAUUCGUUGCGUACGCAAAACAAAUCGUAGCCAAUGCCAAACGACUGAGCGACGGUCUUCAAUCCAAAGGCUACAAGGUGGUUACCGGUGGCACUGAACUUCAUGUAAUGUUAGUCGAUCUGAGAUCAGCAGGCUUAACAGGAUCCAAAGGAGAGUAUGUGCUGGAAGAAGUCAAUAUUGCUUGCAACAAAAAUACCGUACCUGGAGAUAAGAGUGCAUUUAAUCCAUCUGGAAUUAGAUUAGGAACUCCUGCUAUAACAACUCGUAACAUGAAAGAAAAGGAUAUCGAUCAGGUUGUAGACUUCAUUGACAGAGCUUUAAAAAUAGCCAAAGAAGCGACAGCCCUUUCUGGACCGAAGCUCGCCGAUUUCAAAAAAGUGAUUCAUGAAAAUGCUGACAUCAGCAAGAAAGUAGCAACUUUAAAGGAUGAAGUAAACAGAUACAGCGAAAAGUUCCCUCUUCCGGGAUAUCCUGAAUAUUGAGAAUCUCAGUCCAAGUUUUAUUUAUUGUGGUCAUAUUCUAAUUUUAAUUUUUAAGAUUUAGCAAUAAAAAAUUUAAAAAGCAAUAAAACAUUUUAAGAUA